CCAUAUGCAAACAUACCACAUACAUGUAUGGUGCCAAUAAGAGGGCAGAGAGUAUUAUCUAUCAUCAUCCACAUUCCAUAUGGCUCCUGUUAUCCCCUCAACUUUCUCUCUCUACACUUCUUCUCCUUCAUUUUUCCCACGAAAUCCUUUUAAAUCUUCUAUUUCUUUAUCUCCAGACACCUUCAUUCACAUUAACUCUCCUUGGCUAUGCGAUGCCAGCAAAAAACCAAGCUUUGUGGAUCAAAUUCUUGAUUAUAUUGAAGGAGGGCCAAAAUUGAGAAAAUGGUAUGGAGCACCUGAUCUUCUUCCAAAGGAUGGAUCAACAGCUGAGGAAGAGAAUGAUUCAGAAAUUGAAGAAGUCAGGGAUGCUGUUCUAAUCACUGAUGGAGAUACUGAGAUUGGGCAGAUGGUGAUUUUGUCUUUGAUUGUGAAACGGGCUCGAGUGAAAGCUUUGGUAAAAGAUAGACGGGCUGCUCUAGAAGCUUAUGGAAACUACGUCGAGCCAUUGGCUGGAGAUGUAAAUGAUAAGGGGUUCUUGAAGAAGGCUUUAAAGGGUGUUCGAGCGAUCAUAUGCCCAACUGAAGGUUUCCUGUCGAAAGUUGGGAACUUGCAAGGAGUUCAACAUGUUGUUCUCUUAUCUCAGUUAUCUGUGUAUAAAGGUGCUGAUGGCAUUCAAGCUCUGAUGACCGGCAAUGCAAGAAAGCUGGCUGAACAAGAUGAAUCGAUGCUAAACGCCUCAGGAAUUCCCUACACUAUCAUCAGAGCUGGUUGUCUACAGAAUACUCCUGGCGGAACACAAGGGUUUAGCUUCCAAGAGGGUAGUGCUGCAAAGGGAAGUCUAAGCAAAGAAGAUGCGGCGUUCGUCUGUGUCGAGGCACUUGGCUUAGUUCCUGAAACCGGAUUCACUGUCGAGGUGGUCAAUGGAGAAGAGAAAGUUUCAGAUUGGAAACGAAGAUUUACAGAGUUGAUGGGGGUUUACGGCAAAGGUCAAGGAUGAUAAUGAGCUAGUUCAAGAUGUUGCAGCCUUUCAGGCUAAGACCCCAAUGGGUUCUACCGAAUUUUUUGUAUAAAUUUGUGUGUUAAGACUUGUGGGUUUCACUAAUUCUCUAUUUAUAUUUUUUUCCCAAUUGAAGUUGCAUGUGAAUAUACACAAUUAAAUGUACCACUAUAAGUAACUUUCAACUGCCAACUAA